GGAAGAGGAACUGUAACCAAUUUCCUUUUCCUAUUAUUUUUCAAAUGUAAUAAUUUUUCAGAAGUUUAAACAGGAAAACAUUGUCAACAGUAUAUACAAACACUGUGCACGAAAAAUUUGUUCCAAGAAUAUAAGUUACAGUGUUAAUGUGAAAAGGUUUUAUAUUAAUGAUGGAGGUGUCUGAUAUAAAUGAAUUAUUAAACGUUUCUACAAUUAAAAUGGAAGGUGGUGAAACUUCUUUUGAAGAUGAAACUGAGGAUGUAGAAAGGUCAGAUCCUCUGUCUGGUAUGCCUCAGUAUGUGACUGAGACUGAUUUAGGGUUAAUUCAUUCCGGAGGUGAGAUCUUGCCAACACCAUUGACUGUUUUCUCUGACACUGUAGAGGAUGAAGACACUAUGCAAAGCAGUGAUUCCUCAGAAGAGGUGAUAGUACAACUGAUGGAUAUCAGAACAAGAUUGUCCCGACUUAGGUUAAUGUUGGAGCAAAGACUGGGUGAUGAUUUAUCUGACUACACAUUUUGGCUUCAGGAUGCUAAAAUGUUAGAAAAUCACAAAACUCUAGUGGAACAAUGUAUUAAAGGGGAAGGUGUUGUACAAGUAAAUAUUCAAAUUAAACCGGCUGAGAAAAAAAUUAAUAUCCUUGAUGUGUUAAAGCCUGAUGAAGAAUUGGUACAAUUGCCACAACCAACAGAUGAGUAUGAAUGUGUAGAAAUGAAAGUGGAGCAAGCAGCAGCGGAAAAUGUAGGUCAGACAUCAGUAGCGGUGGAGGAAGAGGGUGAUGGGCAGAUGGAGGGGGAGGUGCCACAGCCUCACGCCGCUGCUGUCAAAUGGGUAGUGGACGGCCAGUUCAGAGCCGACCACAGCAGGGUUCAUAUACCUGAUGAUCCCGCUGACUGGUCUGUGCAGCACGUUAAGUUAUGGAUCCAGUGGGCGGUGCGUCAGUUCAAUUUGACUGGCGUUAAACUGUCAGACUGGAGCAUCAGUGGAGCGGAGUUGUGUGCCAUCACUAAUAUUGAUUUCAAAGAGAAAGUUCCUUCGGAUCCGGGAGAUUUGUUUUGGACACACUUUGAAUUGUUAAGGAAAUGUAAAUUUAUCGCUGUGGUUCAGAACGACGAGCAGCCGGUAAAGGAUGUACUGGAGACGCCGCAGUCUGCAAUCAAAAAGAAACCCAAACAAGUGAGCAAACAGUUAUCGUUACGAGAGCGAAAUGAGGACGAAGUUUGCCUGUACGUGUCGUCGCGCACCGGUUACAAUGGACAGAUACAGCUGUGGCAGUUCCUGCUGGAGCUGCUCACCAGCGCCGAGUACUUUGAUGUCAUACGGUGGCAUGGUACAGAGGGUGAAUUCAAGCUGCUGGAGCCGGAGCGCGUGGCGUGGCUGUGGGGUGCGCGCAAACACAAACCCGCUAUGAACUACGAGAAACUCUCCAGAGCGCUGCGAUACUACUACGAUGGAGAUAUGAUCGCCAAAGUCGCCGGAAAGAGAUUUGUGUACAAAUUUGUUUGCGAUCUUCGGGAACUGCUUGGCUACGGGGCGGACGAGUUGGCCGAGCUGGUCAGAGAAGUGCACGAGUCAAAAGAUGAGACAAAUAAUUCAUAAAAUAUGUACCAAGAAUAUUUAUUGGCUAAUGUUCUAGAUCAGGGAUUCCCAGAUUUCUUUUCUUAUAGUAUUAAAAAAGUGUUAAUUUUCUGCUAUUUAGUUCUUCAAAGUUCAUUUAAUUACAUUUUCUAUGAUUUGCCAGGUCUUGCAGACGUCGUGGGGUCAUGUAAUUUAAGAAUCUCUGGUCUGGAAAGGAAAAUAUUAUUAAUAAGUAAUUCAGAAUAUAAUUAUUGUUUGUAAAAUGAAUUAUUUACGAUUUGAUGUUUUUCGUUGAAUUUAUAGCCAUUUCUAGUCGCAACCGCUCUGUUUAACUUUGGUGAGAAUUCUUAGUAAAACUCCUUUUCUGUUAUGCAAUAUUUACAAUAUAUUUAAACUUGUCUUGACCCAAUAUAUUCAACAUAUUGAGUAAUGUAAAUAUUGCUUUUGGAUUGAUGUUUUUUUUAUUGAAUUCUGUGGAAAUGAGAAAUUAUAUUUACA